UUCGCUCUCCCCCCUUUUUUUUAUUUAUUGCUUUCUUUCUUGCUAAAAUACUCUUUUUCUUUUUUUUUCUCUCUCUUUUUUUUUUCUUAAAUUUAUUACGACGAUAUCAGUAGCACUAAAUAUUAUAUAAAUGAAGUUGCUGAUUUCACUAUUUCUGAGUACAUUUGUACUUAUGAAUUCAGUACAAGGAUACUUCUAUGUUCCAACCUAUAUGAAUAAAUUACCUUUCAAAGGUGGUAUGGCAGCAGCCCAAAGCAACAAUUCUUUAUAUCUCUUUGGUGGUGAAAAUGCAACCACAGCUUACACAAACGACCUUUAUCAACUCACUCAAACAUCGACUUCUUAUGACUGGAAAAUCGUUGAACAAAAGAAUAGACCCAACGGAACUGUCUACAGUAAAGCCAUUAUCACUGCUGAUGGUCAAAAUAUGGUUUUGUUAGGUGGUAUGUCCAACUCGACUUUCGGCCGUGGACUUCCUCUUCAAAUUUAUAAUUUUAAUUUCGCUACACAAACUUGGUCUGCUCAUCUUCAAAAUGGAGUCACCAAUAUUACUGAACCUAUUCCUGCUAAUUUCGUAUUCAACAGAGAAUAUUUUUCUGCUACUUAUGAUGCUAAAAAUCAGAAAACAUAUGUUUAUGGUGGUGCUAUCACUAAACUCAACACUAUUUUCAAUACUUUACAUGUGUAUGAUUCAGAAUUUAAAGCUACUGCAUUAAAAGCUACACCCUAUGGCAGAUAUGGACAUACAACUUCUAUUUUAAGUACGGGCCAACUUGUUGUUAUUGGUGGUGUCAAUGGUGCUACUGGUGCCUUAGCUGAUAUGACCUCUGUUUGGGUUUAUGAUCCCUCGAGUGAUAAUUGGACUGGCCAAAAUGUUUCUGCCCCUCAAGGUACUCCUUCAACUGGUUCUGAUCGCACUGCUGUCGUUACUUCUGAUGAUAAAAUCAUCCUUUUUGGUGGUGAUAGUGGAUCCAUCCAAAGAACAAGACAAUAUUUAAACAGCAUCGCUAUUCUUGAUACAAAGACAUGGUCUUGGUCUAUUCCUAGUAUCACUGGUAUUCCUCCCUCUCGCCGUUCUUUCGCUGUUGGUGGAAUUUUAGAUGACAAACAUCUUACUGUCGCUUUUGGUUCCUCAUCAAAUUCUUAUUAUAACGACAUUAAUACAUACGAUCUUCAAUCAGGCGCUUGGUUACAAUCAUUUUCCGAAUCAAGCAGUAGUGGCGAUGGCUCUGUAUCAAAGGGUCUUAUUGCUGGUGUGACUGUAGCUGCCGUUGUAUUGCUCGUUAUUAUCUUGUUCUUGCUUUGGAAGUUCCAAUCUUAUAUUCGUUGGUUAGUUACUCGUAUUCAUAACGAUAUUUGGAAGCCUCGUACUGGUGAGCCUGUUUGGGCUGAAACUGGUCGUAUUGUAUCCCAAGUUUUCUUUUUAUUCUUCUUUGUCAUGUUCCUUUAUUUUGUUAUUCGUCAAGCCAUCGACAGUCCUAAUGUCGUACAAAGAAUUGAAUAUUCAACUGCCAGUGUCGAGGUCCCCGAUGUCCGUUUCUGUUAUGACGGUUUCCCCGCUCAAAGUGCUGUCUCUACCAACGGUGAUAGCGGUGCUCCUGGUGUCUCUUGUCAAACUGACAAUGGCUAUUCUUGUUCCCAAUUUGUAAAGACUCUUGAUAUGUCAAUUUUCCAACCCACCUUUUCUGAUAAUUUGGGUGCUGUCAACUGUUUCCUUUUCCGCGCCCCUGAGGAGUUCCAAUUGACAUCUACCUCAGGUGCUAAUAACGGUUCCCGUUUACUUUUUACCUUAUAUGGUGAUCAAGCUACUACCUAUGGUCGUGUCCAUGUUUCUAUUUUCCCCAAGAAGAUGGAUCCCAAUGCCAAGAUCUACCCUCUUGGUGAUGAUAUUGUUAACUAUUUAUCCGAAUUUGAUGUCUUAAACUGGCAAAAUGCUGAACGUAACGAUCUCCAAGCUACUAAUGUCUUUACUAUUGCACCUUUUACUUAUAGUGCUCUCAGUUAUGAUAUUGUUAACCACAAGUACUUACAGCCUGUCGGCUGGAACUAUGUCGGUUUCUUGCCCGUCACUAAUUCUACUCCCGAAAUCGAAUCCAACUUCAGAUCUGAAGCUCCCAACCCCACUUAUUCAUCUGGUCACACUGAUCUUGGUCUUGUUGCCGUUUUCCCUCAAUCAUAUGCCAUCUUGGAAGAUCGUGAGGUUAAGAUGUACACCUUGGUUAAUGCCUUAGGUUUUGUCGGUGGUAUCUUUGGUUUAUUGAUCGGUGCCCAAGCCUGGUUGUUUGGUUAUCGACCCAGAUCUCCUUGGGGUGUUGUACAUCGUUGGUCUACUGGUAGCCGUAAGCAAUCUUUGCUUUCCGGCUUACAGGCUCAAUUUAAGACUGCUGAUAGUGGUAUUCCUUUGGUGCAUCCCGUUCAUCAUCGAUUCAGUAAAAACGAGUUCCAAAACAUCGGGCAAGAAACCGAAGCUCAACGUGUUUCUCGUGUCGAAGAACGUAUGCAAAUUUUAGAAUUAUUGUUCAAGGCUUACUACGUUGAUGAUGAAGUUUUCAGAUCCCUCGAUAAUGCUGCUGGUGGUCCACCUAGCAAUAAGCCAUUGGCUAAUGUUCAACAACCUUACACAAACCAACAGACUCCUAGUAGUCUAGGCAUUAGAGAAAAUCCCUUUUUCCAGUCCACCGAGAAAUUAAAUCCUUAUCCUUCUCAACAACCAUCAGGCGAUAACCAAAAUGGCUUCUCUCACAUGUUUAACGAAAGACAAAGCCGUGGAAGUAUUAGCAACGCUAUCGCUAAAAUAUUGACACAGGCGCACGGCCAAGAGUUUUACACCACUUAUAACCCUUGGUCGAGUCAUCCGCCACGCCGUUUACUUAUCCUGGAUUCUUCUUUUAAUCCACCUACAAAAGCGCAUGCUAAUUUACUUUCCAAAGCAUUAGCAAGUAAGCCCUUGCACUAUUUUGACGGAUCGCUACUCUUAUUUUCUACCAACAAUGUUGAUAAGCAGUUGACUGGAGCUAGUGUCUUACAGAGAGCCCAAAUGAUGGAGUUGAUGGCACAAACAUUUGAUCAAGAUGUUGCGGUUGGAUUUACACCGUAUGGGAAAUUUGUCGAUAAGGCACAAGCGAUACAAGCGUGGUUUAAAUCACCAGUGGAACUCUACUUUAUUUUAGGUUAUGACACCAUAACGAGAUUGUUUGAUCCCAAAUACUAUUCCCCAGUCUCGGCUAAAGAGGCACUAGCACCCUUUUUCAAAACCUGUCAUUUGAUUUGCGCAAAUCGGGGUGAAAAUAACGAGGAAUUUUGGAAAGGGGUGGAACAAAAGGUGGAUCGUAUUCAAUUGGAUCCAGAGACGGAAUAUAUCUCAAGCACCUUAGCUAGAUCCCUCUUAGCAUCUGGUAGGCAAGACGACAAAUUGAAUGAUAUCCUGGAUCCUCGUAUUCUUGAAUUUAUCCGCAAUGAAAAUAUGUAUGAAUAAAUAAUUUUUAUUAGAGAAAAG